AGGCACCUAUGCCGCCUGCCUAUCCUGGUUGGGGGCCUCCUGCAUGGCAAAUGCCCUGGUGUCCAACUGGUCAAGGUUACUCAACAGAGACGGCAGCGAUGCCACAGAAAGAAGAGGCACCAACCACGCCCCGCAAGGACUCUGGAGCAGAGCGGACGGAUGGGGUAACUCCAUCUCCAGUGCAACACCUGAAUUUCGGGGCCACGCCAUCGGACUACGGGACCGCUGUCAUGUCGCCGAUGAUCCUGAAGCUCAGUGAAGUGGUCACCUCGGACUGCCCAAGCCCGACCACGGCCUCCGACCGGCCGUCUUCAGGGUGCGAGCAGAACGAGGAAAACGCUGGUGCUAUGUUGCUUCAGCUGCUUAAAGGCGGAAAGGAGGACUCAAACAGGUCAGCUGAAGGCCACACAACUCCCAGCACUGCUAGUGAGGAGGGGGACACUUCUCAGCGGCAGGCCUUGGCCUCCAGUGGCCAGGAGCUCCUGCGGCAGCUGCGCGAGGGCUCCGAAGCCAAGGCAACAGCUGGCAAAACAACUCACGUGCGCAGAGCCAAAAAUGGCGAAGUGAGGGUGUUGAAGAUUUAAAAUAGGUCCCACAGGACGCUACGGUCGCGGCAGGUGCAACAUAUUCUGAAGCGGUGUUCUUCGCACUGUUCAAGUUUUUCAUUUGAUGCGACUCAUCAUCGCUCGACCAGUUUUUUGCCGUUUGCGACCAUUUUGACACCCUUUUGACCAGAGGGAUGAGAGAUGGUGUAGAUGGGUUGUCAUAGACAGUCGCAGUCAUCGACGAGAUUCGCUCUCAAAAGUUUUCGGCCAAGUCAAUGAGCUGAUAAAGACUACUUUUCGCCCUGAGAAGAUCCGUCCGCCUACUAAGCAGACUUCAGAACUGAUAUUCUCAGUGG